AUGGAAGAAUAUGAGCAGCAAAAAGGGAAGGCUGGGGGAUAUAUUUAUUUUGAAUAUCUGAAAUAUUCAGUUAUGUACAUUCAUUUUAAUAUGCACAUAUAUUUAUGAUUGUAGUUAAACGUAACGUUUAGGCCUAUACGGCCAAUUUCAUGCAUUUUAUUUGUGCAUGCGAAAUACCGACCCCCUCCCCAGCGUUUGCCAGAUCAGGGGAACUUGCAGGCCCUAGCUAAUCACCGGACUGGAGUAUUUCUAGUGAUCGGGGGAAAGGAACGACGGCAACUGGGGAAGGGGGGGGGGGGUAAUUAUUAUAGACUGAAAGCUAGUCAAGAUUUGUGUUGAAGAAGUUUGUAAGUGUUUGAGUAGGUUGCAAGAACAGCAGUUUAUUCCAUGUGUUAGAAACUGAUUUGUUGUGCCCAAGCAUUAAGGUUGACAGAACUGGAUCAAAGAUAUCUACUAUGGAGCGAGCUGGCAGCAUCCAAUUGGAAAUCCCUGACUUCAGCAACUCUGUGCUGUCCCACCUGAACCAACUGCGCAUGCAGGGCCGCCUGUGUGACAUCAUCGUCAAUGUGCAGGGUCAGAGCUUCCGUGCCCACAAGGUGGUGCUGGCAGCCAGCUCUCCCUACUUCCGCGACCACAUGUCCCUCGGAGAGAUGAGCACAGUCUCCAUCUCUGUCAUCCGCAACCCCUCUGUCUUCGAGCAGCUUCUCUCCUUCUGCUAUACAGGCCGGCUAUGUCUCCAGCUGGCCGACAUUAUUAGCUACCUGACGGCUGCCAGCUUCCUGCAGAUGCAGCACAUCAUCGACAAGUGCACCCAGAUCCUGGAGAAUAUUCACUUCAAGAUCAGUGUGGCAGACGUGGAGGCCGAGCUCAACCAGGGUAGCAGGGGUAAGCAUCAGGAAAGGACCCCAGAGGGGGGGAGGAGCGACAAAACCCGCUCCCUCAGCCCCCGGCACAGCAGCCCGAGGGGAGGUCGGCGAGCAGGUGGGGUGAGCCCCCCAGAGGAGUCCAUGAGUCCCCAGAUCAUUGAGCACAACUCUGAGGGCAAUGGCAAGGAGCCCAUCCUGAGGAUCAAUCGGGCAGGACAGUGGUAUGUAGAGACAGGGCUGGAGUUAGACCGGGCGAGCGGGCGCAGCGGGGGCAUGGAUGACGAUGUGCGCGUGGUGGACGGGCUGCGCAUUAAGACAGAGAGGAUGGAGGAGUGGAUGGGUGCCGAGACGCAGGCUUCGGGGGAGGAGGGGAGCAGCGCUGAGGAAGUGACCGCCAUGAUGAUUGAUACCACAGGCCACAGCUCACUGGCGCAGGAGAGCUCGGGGGCCAAGGGGUCCCAGCCAUCCAGCAGUUUCAGUGAAAUUGAUCGGUUCAGCCCUACAGGCAGUGUUGUGGUGAUGGCUGAGCGGCAAAGAGCAAAGAGUGAAUCACCUGUCAGGGUGGAUGACCAGAGGCAGCUUACGUCACAGGGAGAAGAGCAAACGGUUUUCGACAUGGGUGGCUACGAGGAGUAUUUGCGUGAGCAAGUGGGUGACCGCUGGUUCCGCUACAACCCGCGUCUCACCUGCAUUUACUGCUGCAAGUCCUUCAACCAGAAAGGCAGCCUGGACCGGCACAUGCGCCUGCACAUGGGCAUCACUCCCUUUGUGUGCCGUAUCUGUGGAAAGAAAUACACCCGCAAAGACCAGCUGGAGUACCACAUCCGCAAACACACGGGCAACAAGCCGUUCCACUGCCACGUCUGUGGAAAGAGCUUCCCUUUCCAGGCAAUCCUCAACCAGCACUUCCGCAAGAACCACCCGGGGUGCGCCCCUCAGGAGGUAUCGCACAGCGCCUCCCCCGAGACCACAGUCACCUCGCGGGGGCAGAACGAGGACGAGUCUCCUUCGCAGGAGGAAAGUGGGGCCGCCGCUUUCAAUGAAACCGUGCAGCCUUCUGUCUCCACCACGGGCCCGGACUGAACCAGGGCCCGGUUGCUCCAUCAAAUCGUUUCCACUUCAGUGGGUUGUGUUUUUUCUAUUGAAAGGAAAACUGUUUUUUUUUUUUUAAGGCAGCCUGGUUUUGUAUUCCCCUUUUUUCUCUAACACUGCUUGUUCUGGGGUACAUUUCUCAGCUCGUAAUUCAGAGAUGUUUGUGUUCUACAGAUUCAGACCCAUUUCUCCCCAAAGGAAUUGCACAUGAAAUCAAAUGCUACAAGGUUCUUUCAUUCUUCUCUUUCAGUCGACCUCAGCUGUUAAGACCACUUCUCCCAACCCUGAUCACCCGUUCUUCUCCGGAUUGCUCAAAUUCAGAGCUGCUAAUAACCAUUGCCAUCCGUCAACCAUGUUUUUACACAAUGAAGAAAAAAGCUGCUACCUACUCGAGAUUCUCUUAUCAAAUUGGCUGAUUUGGAAUUGUGCAAAGUACAGAGGUGUAGCUGUAGUACAUUCAAGUACUAUUUUCUUAGCUUUGCAUGAAACCUACAUAAUUUAAUAAGUAAAAGCACACCUGAACCAAAACCAAUAAGAGGAUCUAUACAAAGGAUCAAACAUUUCAGCCAGUGGACUUGCGUUAAUGUUCAUUUGUUUUUAAUUAUUCUUGAACCUCACGAAACUUACAGACUUUGUGUUAAUGUUACAUGUAGUGUAAACGGCAAGGUUUCUCAUCAAGUCAGCAUGUUGUUAUGGAGGUUACAGGCUUCCACGACACUCUCAUCUGAAAGGGAGCGGCUUUCUUACAGAACAGUACAAACAGUUGCAAUAUCAAGAGUGGAAAACCCUGCUUAUGAUGGGGGGAUGUUCACAUGAGAACUGCAGGUUCAAGGUUUAUAGCAGCGAGGUUGAGUCCAGUACACCCGAUGCGCCCUUUAGGUGUAACACUAAUUGACAAGUGCUUUGGAUUUUUUUAAUUAAUUAAUCACAUGCUCUGGGUUUUCUUUUAAUGAAAUCAGGCUGUGCUGUGAGUGGGAGCCUUCGUUAAACGUGUUUAUUGAAACUGUAUUGUGUUCUGUAGCUUUACAUAACAGGCACUUAAUAAGAAGGCAAAGAGUUCACAAAACAUGAUGAAUUUGUUGUUACAGUAUAUACAGUGGUUUGAAGAAGUAUUCCCCCCCUACCAAUAAUGUCACAUUUUGUUGAAUUACAAAU